AUGGCCGAGUACAAGUACGACGAGGAGGGAGGCCAGUUCCUCACCUUUGUCCUCACCUUCCUCCUCCUCGUCCUCGUCCCCCUCACCUACUCGCUCCUCUCCUCGUCCAAGCCGCGAGCCGGCAGGCAGGGCUGGUUCGAUGCCGCCGGCCAAAAGGUGGCCGCCAUCAAGCGCGUAAACCGCCGCAGCAUCACCAACCCGCAGAUCAGCAAGCGCUUCCUCUUUGUCGUCGCCGGCUGGGGCGUCGUCGCCUUCCUCUUCCAGAAGAUCAUGAACGCCGCCGCCAACUCGUCCCACGCCGUCUACGACCCCUUCUCCAUCCUCGGCCUCGCCACCAGCGCCACCGAAAAGGAGAUCAAAAAGCAUUACAAGCGCCUCAGCGUCAAGUUCCACCCGGACAAGCUCGUCCUGGGCGACAACCAGACAAAGGAGGAGGCCGAGUCCCAGUUCAUCGAGCUGACCAAGGCCUACAAGUCACUCACUGACGAGACCAUCCGAAAGAACUUCGAGCUCUAUGGGCACCCCGACGGACGCCAGGAGAUGUCGAUGGGCAUCGCCCUGCCCCGCUGGGUCAUCGAGUCGCACAACAACAUCUACGUCCUCGGCGUGUACGGCCUCAUCUUUGGCGUCGGCCUGCCCUACCUCGUCGCCAAGUGGUGGUACGGCUCGCGCUCCAAGACCAAGGACGGCCUGAUCAACAACACCGCCCAGACCUACUUCCAGCACCUGCGCGAGGACACGCCCGUCCCGCGCAUCCUCGCGCUGAUGGCCAUCUCGGACGAGUUCAACGACGCCAAGCUCAACCGCACGGGCAAGGACGCCGACGAGGCCGCCCUGACCCAGCUCGAACAUGACGUCCGUGCCAAGAUCGCUGAGCUCGUGCCCGAGUGGGGCCUGAUCGACGGCUUCCGCAACGCUUCCAUCCGCAAGGCCGUCGUGCUGCUCUACGCACAUGUGCUGCGCAUCGACACCCCGAGCGUCCGGCUGACCAAGGCCAAGUACCGCUACGCCCACAAGGCAGUGGCGCAGCUCAACGGCCUCAUGUCGAUCUCGCUGGCGCACAACUGGCUCACCGAGACCCUGGUCCUGAUGAACCUCGUGCAGCGCUUUGUCCAGGCCGUGCCGAUCCACGACGACCCCGCCGUCGAGCUCGUCCAGCUACCUGGCAUCACCAUCGAAGCCGCCCGCAAGCUGGUCCAGGCCCACCCCGUCGCCUCGCAGGGCAUCCAGGGCCUGUGGAAAGUGCCCGACUCCGAGCGCAAGCGCCUCCUUUUUGGUGAGGGCGUCUCCCAGAGCGACUACGACCUGGCCGUCAAGGUGAUGCGCGAGUGGCCCCGCCUCGAGCUCGUCGAUGCCUACUUCAAGGUGACCGGAGAGAAGCUGGCCACCACCGGGUCGAUUGUGCAGUUUGUCGUCAAGGUGCGCACCCUGCCCCUCCGCAAGGACGGCAGCCUGCUCAGACAUGGCGUCCGCGCCGAUGCCAAGCGCACCGACGAAGAGACGAGCGUCCGGCCGGGCACCGAGGACGACGACGACACGACGCUCGACGCCCUGAUUGGCAGGAAGGACGAGAAGAGCGACAAGGAGGGCAAGACACCCGUCGGCUUCGCCCGGGCGCCCUACUACCUCGAGGAGCGGAAGCCGACGUGGUGGGUGAUGCUCGGAGACCACAAGCUGGAUCGCGUGAUUGUGCAGCCGACGCGUGUGUCCGACAUUGGUUCGGAUCGCGUCCGCACCUACACCGUCCAAUUCCAGGCGCCACCGCAGGCCGGCAUGUACACGUUCCAGGCGAUGCUCAAGUCGGACUCGUUCCUCGGGUGCGACGCUGCGCGCAGCGUCAAGCUCAAGGUCGACGACCCCGCGGCGCUCGAAGAGCAGGACAUCGAGGACGAGAUCAGCGACCCGGAGGAAGACAGCCUUGCGGGUCAGAUGGCAGCGAUGCGCGGCCAGAAGGUCAAGCCGAUGCGGAGCCAGAGCGACGACGAGAGCGACAGCGACGACGACAGCGACGAGGACGAAGACGAAGAGCAGGAGGAGGACGACGACAGCAGCGAUUCCGACUCCGACUGA